UCUACAUAUUGCCUUUGUAGUAUAUUGCGUCAUACAAAUAACCAUUUCAUUUACAUUUAUUUAAACAUUUCGCGUAAAAACUUCACGAAUUUUGAGGUUAUAUUGACAGUCUAUGAUGGUCGAGCAGCGAGAGGGCUCUAAUGCAUCGGAGAUAUCGUAAAAAUUUUUCAAUUGCUGUACAUGCUUAUCUCCGAAUCUGUAUUUGAUGUAUCUUGUUAAAAAAUGUUGUAUUUCUUACUUCAUGAGCGUAUAAAUUCAAUAAAAGUAUGAUAGUAUGCAAUUUGAUACAUUUAGUCCGCCACAUUUGUUGCUACGAAUUUUUAGCCGUCCCUUCUACUGUUCCUAUUUACAGUCGCAUCGUAACGCUUACGUGACACGAUUGUUAAUAAUUUUAUUCUUCGAAUUUUUAUGAAAUUUAACAACACAAUCUAAUGUUCUUUUUGCUUGAAGUUACAAAAUGACAGAAGGAGGAGUAACUAGAAUGAAGCGCAAUGGCGCUCGUCUGUUCAAAAAUCCUCCUCAGCCUCACAUGUGUAUACAAGACUUUUUAGAGGGUGUUGUAGCUCCAUGUUACGUAAAUGUAUUAUCAUGGGAGAAAAUUGCAAUGCCGCUAAAGCCCUCUCAACCUGUACAAUUUUAUGGAGGAAUGAGGGUCCGACCACCACGUACAAAAGAAGAUGCCAUAGUAUUUGCCGUAAUGGCUAAUCCAGAGGUGCUUCGAAUCAAUGGCAAAAAUGCACAAGAUCCAAAGAAACGUACCAGCUUAAUAGAGCUCUUACUAGACUUUGUGGAAAUGGUUAACUCGGGAGUGGUUUUCAUGCGGCAAUACACGAUUCUGAAAGAUCGAGACAUUACCGGUGAAUUGAAAGAAGUUUGGAAUGCAGUACAAGCGAGGCGAGAUUUAGAGCAACCUCCUCCUCAACAAGAGACUUGGAUCGACGCGCAACCACCUGUUCUUCAGUAUCAUCAACAACAAGAUUACGCGUCUCAGCCUCCACAGUAUCAUUCGAGUUUAGCGUAUGGUAGGGCAAUGAAUAACGAAGGUAUGCAUUACGAUAAUUGCGGUCAUCAAUCUCAGAAUCAAGUAAUCACUCAAAAUGAUCAGAUGUAUCAAUCUGGACAAAUGGUGUCACAGCAAUAUCAUGGAAACGUUCCUCGGAUUACUCAGGACCGUUACAAUUACAGAGAGUGUGGUAGGGAUAAUAUUGUACAGAAUAUUCCGCAACAAAACUGUCCUGCGUAUCCGGGUCCGCAGUAUCAGUUUCAACAGUUACCUAGGCAAAUGGUGCCUCAGUACGUGAACUCAAAUGUGCAUCCUAACAGCACUCUUAAUUACGAUCCAAGUACGAACGCGAACGUGAACCCAGCCAUGAACACGAAUUUGGCAGCACCUUUUCAACCGUACAUAACUUAUCAACAACGAAUGGAUAACACGAUUCAUAUCGAUAUGUGUAGAAUGCCACCGCAACAACAGCAAAUACGUUUGAAUCACGUGCAGCCGGUUCCACAGUACGAACCAACGGCAUCGUUUAACCUUCAAACGAUUUCUCCGCUUAACGUUCUCAAAUUAGGUAGACCACAUAUGGGCGUCGCUCAGAAGAACAACGCUAGUAAAAGACAAAUAAAUUCACCUACUCAUUCCAAACAAUCUUCCUGUACAAACUGUCAAAAGGACUUAUCCGAUAAUGGGACAAAACCGAAGAGUCCUGUCAAGGUUCUGCAACGAGAGUUCCCGUCGAACGAUCGGCAGGACACGAAUAAUCAUUCAUCCAUCAAUAACAAAGUGUCUCCGGACAAAGAAACUGUUGAAAAGACAAAAAAUGUACAAGUGACGGACUUGGACGAAGACGUUAAAAAGACUAAUGAUUCUGACAGCGAAACGCUUGAAUCCACUAGGAAACCAAAUGAUACUCAUACUUCUGAUUCUACUUCGACGACCACCGAUAGAGACACAACAAAUUCCGUCGAAAACACGUCUCUUCCCGAAGAGAAGCAGCAAGAAACAAAAACUACGGAUCUUCCAAACGGACAAAAUUCAUCCGAUCAAAAGUAUUCGAAGCCGAAAGGUAAUUCGAUGAAAGGGAACAAGUACAAAGAAAACGCGGAAAGCAACCGAACGAAUCGCAUUAAAUUUAUUUCUGAUCAAAAGAACGAUAGUCCGAAACGAUCUCAGACCACUGUUAAUAGCAUUAUAAAAAGCGUUUUCAAGAUUCAUCCUGGUAUGUCCGGCGAAGAAACUUCAGGCAAGAGAAAAGCGAACGGACAGGCUAAGAAUAAUGCUAAAACGAACGGUGAGAGCGAAGAGAUACAUCAGGGAUAUACGAUAUUGAAGAAGACAGAGACAACUACUCAGGAAGAGAUAGCGAACGAGCUAACUCAGCUAUCCAUUCAAGACUGCAAAGAUGCUACUGAAAUUAGUCCCGUGCUCUCGUGAUAGCCUAGUUUGUAGCUAGUACUGAGUACUGGCUCAUAGCUAAAGAGCAAUGAAUUCAAUGUAAAUAGGUAGAACAUUAACCAAUAAAAGAAGUCAAGAGUGAAACAGAUGCUAAGAGGGGGACUCGAAAGCACAAUACACGUAUUAACACGAAAACGUACCAAAAUAUCAGGACACGCAGGAGCUGACCGCCAAUUAUUUUUCGACGAAUCCAUUCGUCUUCCUUCGCAUAAUUUUGACACAAACGGAUCAUAGUGAGAAGUUCUUUAAACACCGAAUUAUGUAAAGAAGCUGAUUAGUAUGAACACGAUAAACUAACUGGACUUAUCAGUGGAACGAUUCUCAUUAAACUCCAGACGAAUUUAAACAUUUACACGUGAUCACUUGGUUUGACAACAGUUUUGCUUCCAGUAAUACUUAUCAAUAUUCGAGCAAAAACAGCUAUUAGCUAUUGAUGUUCAAACCUGGGACACUAUCAGUGUUCCGUUGUAUGAAAACGAAUUGCAGCUUUCAAGUCUGGAUUGGGUACACAUGCACAGUUGUCGAUAACGAAAAAUUAAUUGAUGUAUCGUGGAUUUGAGCAACAUUCGAUGCAAGAUACUGAGUCGUUCCCAUAGAUUAGAUCAAGACAAACAACUUCACGAUGGAGCAACGGCUGGUCAUCGCGUACUUAUCUUCCAGCAAAACAAUUAGAGGAAUUUCGGAGUUAUACCGGGUGGCACAAAUUCAUGUUACGAUAUAUUAUGGAAUCAUAGUACGUAUUAGAUUUUCAGCUUAGAAUUAAGAAUUUUAUUCAGAUCCCCGUCUACGCGUCAGUGCUUCCUUACAAGGACUAUUUCGUCUCCUUUAUUUUUCAUACUUGUGCAAAAUCCUAGCGCGUAGGAGGGGAUUUUGAGUGUGUAUUUUAAGAUUACAAAAAAAGAAGAAGAAUGUUUGUCCACUCGGUACAUUCGUUGACUAUAUCGCAUUCUAACCUAUGCCAUAGUUUAUUAGUUGAGGAUAACACAAAGGCUGCCAAACCUCCGAUCAUAAUAUAAAAAGUGAUCUCUGGAGCAAACGUUACACAAAAACGAUUUAGACAGCUUUUUCUCGCUGACUCGUGCACGCAGUUCUGCCGUUCAACUUUUAGCUUAUCUAAAGAGGCAUUCGAUGGUCCCGAAUAGGCUAAUCCUCGAAUGGCGGAGCCAAGACCUUUUAAACGUGUUUGCAUUUUUAUUUUCUAAAUUUUACACUAUUUCAUGAGAUAUUUUUCUGAUGGAAGUUUAUCGUUUGAAAAUUUUAUUUGAUAUAUCAUUGUACAGGGAGGAGGUUUUUUACAGACAAAAUGGUGACAAACAAGAAUAUUUGAAAAUCAAGUACAAAUGGAUGCAAUUUCUAUUAUCUAAAGGAAAUUAACGUAGACACGAUCCAGCUAUCGCCAUUCGAGGAUCGAAGUGAAGAGCUGGUUAAUUUUUAACGAUGGUCAAUUAAUGAACUUGGCUUUGUUCACGACGUGCACGAAUCCAGUUGAUUGAAUUACCUUCGAGGCCUCUGCGAAUUCGACGUGUCGUUUUGCUCUCUAAACAAACGUAAAGCAUCGCUGCCACGCGAAACGACAUCGUCCCGUUAAAUUUAUUUAGCGUUAUUAGACCAGCGUCGUGCCGUAACGUUCUUGCAACGUGAAUUGCAUGCUUUGAUAUUUUAACGAGAACAGUAUACCGUGGUUCGUUUACAGACCGAUAAACGAUUCGAAAUGAAAAGGAUAAUAUUCAAGAAACGUCAGCGUGUUCUGUCCGUAAAUAGAACUGAGCCAAUUUAAUCUCGACACCCGUUUCUGUCGUUCUCCCGAAUUUCUGUUUUUUUUUUUUGCCCCUUUUAAUUCAUAGACACUGUAAUGAUUUUUUCUGUUUAGUGUAUUCGAGGUGCUUCGUUAGUAAAGUUAAGAUCUCAGCUCGUGAAUAACUAGUUAGAAUUGAUAAUUAUGGCGCCGGUGGGAAAGGACCAAUCCGCAAGACCAGGGUGCAAUUUAACAAAUUUCCAGAUGUCUGGAAACCACGUACAAUUCCUAAAACGAGCUGGUUCUCGAGUGGAAAAAAGAAAUGUGCUCGAUCCUUUUUUUUUUAAUCUUCUCUUCUUCCCCUGCACUUUUAGUCUUCGGCUUACAUGGAACAGAGAGUAAAUAAAACGAAACGCAGUGAUUUCGUGCCGUGAAAAAUUCUCGCGUGAUAGGAAAUGAAAAACAGUAAUAUUGAAACGUUUUCACGUUGUGCGUGCGAUACGCGGGUAUAUCACACACACGUACACACACUUGCGCAUACACACCCAUAUAUACAUAGUAUGUACGUAUACACAUACAUAAAGGUUUUUUCCUUGUUUAUAAUGUAUAACAGAAUUAAAAGCGUUUCGCGUUUAAUCGGAGAACGAAUUAUAUAUUUUAUUAUUUUUCAAAGAAAGAAAGGAAAACUUACAUUUUAUAUGAAUCAGCGUCUCGUGAACGCGUUGCUUUUUUUUUAAAUGAUCGUCGAUUGCUGUUCAGCAAUUACUUUAAUUAAUUUAGCAGUAAGUCUUAAACACAAUCAACCGUCAUUCCUUAUUAUAUUUCGUUUUCGUUUUUUUUUUCUUGUUCUAUUGAUUUCAAACGUCAUAUUUUGUUGCAUACAACGAAGUAUAUUGUAUUCCUGCGAGGAGGAACGGAUCUGUACGUGAUUGAAAUCGAUUCACGUCGGGCUGCUUAGUCAAUUCUUUUUAAAUGCUCAAACGAUGAAAAAACACGUCGAAGAUGUUAGGUUUAUCCAUAGAUCAUAUUUUAUCGUAUUUCUAUUUUCUCCCUGUCCCCCAUUUUAUUUUUCUCUUUUAUUUUGAAUGCAGUUCUCAGCGGUUUGGCCCCUUCCUUUUUUUUGCCAAACAUCCCCAAAGUCCCUCCUCUCAUUAUUGUUAAUAAUAUGUAUUCAGUAUUCGUGUUAUUUUAGAUUCUUAUUAUUAUUAUUGUCAGGUAUAUUCUGGUUUACUAUAUCAUUAUUACCAUGAACAAUGUAAUCUAUUAUUAUUCUAUAAUACAUGGUUUUUCCAAAG